UGCGGCUUUCCGUAGAUCAGGGCCUGGGUGUAGCUCCCUGUAGCUGCGUAGGAAACAAGUAAAAAACACCACUUCAGCCAGAGAGCCCGGAGGUGUCUCUUAUAUAAAGAAAAACGUAAUAUAACGCGUACAACAUGCACUCGGUCACGCUGGACAGCAGUGGUUCACCGAAGAAGCGCUCGUUUUCUCGGGGAAUGAGCGAGGACGAGUCUCUGCGCAGUAUUAUUAAAGAGACUGACAGCUCCUCCAGACGUGUGACAAGAAGCGACAGCAGAGCGAGCACCCUGAAGAGGAGGAGUGACAGCCAGCAAUCUGAGCAGGACCUCUUCAUGGGACUACCAGAAAUGCUAGAGCUGCAGGCCAGCUAUGAAGAGGCUGUGCAAGAGCUGCGUGGGCUGGAGGUCGAGCGAGAGGCUCUGUUGUUCCAGGUGGACGUCCUGCAGGACACACUGGAGGGUGUAGAGGAGCUGCUGGCUGAAGCCCAGAGAGAAGCUGGACAGGCUAGUUUGGAGUUGGAGCAAGAGAGGGAGGCCAAAAGAAAACUGGAGAGCAUGGUGCACUCUUUGAUGCAAGAAGUGGAAAGAUUAAAAGAGGAAGGGAAUAACAAACUAUCAGGACCAGGUGAGAUGGCUAAAGCAACAAUGCAGGGACACAAAAUAAGAAAUGAUGCCAACAAAGUCGAGAGCUCCUCCUCUCACAGCAGCAAAGAUGAAUUGGGAGCUGCAGUGCAAAGAGGACAGAGUGAGGGCACAGAGGAGAAGCAAUGGAGAAUGGUAAAUAAGCCCAUGUGUCACCAGCCUUCUCUUGCACUGGGCAGCCUGGUCGCUGAGGAUGGGGUCCACCAGAGACCUUAUGAAAACGGGGCAGCAGAUGGACAAGAUCCCCUGCUGGAUGAAAACGACUCGGACAGCAUAAGUGCCUACAAGGAUGCAUUCGAUGAGACUCCAGAGCAGGACAGGAUCUUUCCAGGUGACGGAGACAGUUUGGAGCUGCCUCACGAUGCAGAGAACACAAAGAAGAGCCUGCCUAAUAAUGGAGACGCCCUCAACAGUGAGGUCGAAGGCACCAAAAUCAAUGAAAGCUGCAUUUUGUCUUAAAUUUAUGUUUCAUCUACUACUGAGUAAGGUCAGAGAUAAAAUAGUUCAUAACUUGAUAAAAUCCAGCAGCAUUUUGAUUUGAAGUUAGAUAUUUCUGUUCUUACAAAAAUCAGUUGAGAUUAGAUGUUGCUAGUCAAUAGUUUGACAUUUUAUGAGAAAAUGAUUAGUAGAAUAACUGUGGAAAUAAUUGGCAGCUUAAUCUAUAAGGAAAAGUUGAAAAGAUUAGUUAGAGCCCUAGUUAUGAUACAUUGUAGUAGAAGUUACAUUUUUAAAAAUUGUGCUGAACGAUCUCAGGUUUACAAGCUGAAAUUUCGCUGACUACUUUAUGUUAUUUGCCAAUCAUUUAAUUCAAGUCUGUCGUAAGUGUUUGGGUUUUUCUUUAUUUAAUGCAUGUUGCAAUACAUGGAACAUACUCCAUGUUGCUUUGACUGUUUACCUUUUUGAUUUUAAGAAGGAUAUUUUAUACACAAGAAGCAGUCAAGACAAAAGUCACGAUUUAUCUGUCUCGGUAAGAAUCUCCACAGCAGCUGUUUUAGCUUCAACCAGAAGAAGACAUUACAAACACAGAGGUUUCUUUUCUGUGAAGUUAUUGUUAACUUAAAUUUGAUCAUAAGGAUUUUGAUCAGGCUGUGUUGCUGGUUUCUCUCAUAAUAUAACAAUAACAAGUACAAGUAAAUAUGAAGACGGUUUAAAAUAGUAAGAGCAGGACUGGCAUUGUGGAAGAGUAAUGCAAACUUUGAAGUCUGUUGAUUUCAAAUAGGCUGUUCAUUUAUUCAAAGCCUCAAAGUCUUAAAAUUUUUAUGUGUUUUUAUUAAAAAAAAUAGACAAAUGGAUUUGGCUGCAUUUGCACUUUUUAAAGUUCUUAUAUUGUGACAUUUAUUUGUCAGAUUACAUUAAAGCCAACAUUCCCUUUUUUAACCAAAUGUGUCAGCCAGACCUGAUGAGCUGACCACUGCAGGCUGGAUUUUUUUUGUCUGGCUGCAAGGACAUGCUGCAUGUUUGCACAUUCGCAGUGGAACUUGCUGAACUUUGCCUCUUCAGAUGUCUUUCAUUGCUGUAAAACACUUUGUAUGUAACAUUUUUAAUGCCUUUUUACUUUCUUUUUUUUAAAAAAUUGUGCCAGAAUCAAAAGUAGACUCUUCACUUCAUCUAUGAUCCGUAGCCUGCACGAGCACCUAUGAAUGUAUACUGAUUUCCAAAAUGCACACAAGUUUGUGUCAUUUAUGAGUGUGUUUGCAUGCAAUACUAUCAACUACAUGUAAUGAAUAAUAUGUCUUAUUUGCUGUUACAGAUACUUUUUAACAGGGAUUUUCAGUGUCAGUUUAUUUUGUAGACAAUGUAUCAUUCUUUUAUUCCCCAGUUUACAAAGUCGAUUUAACAAAGUCGACAAAUAAUUAAAGUUUUGAACAUAUCAGGCUGGACUUUAAUGAUUAGAAAAGCAUAUAUUGAUAAAUGGAUCUCUUGUAGAAGACAGAAGCAGAACAAUAAAUCUGCACGGGUUAUGUUGAAGUUGCUGCAUUUAGCUGUGUAUCCUUUUUGGUUUUAAUACAGGUUGUUGACUUUGUACUCUGAGGUACUUUUUUGCUAGUUCUUUAUAACCUGUAGCAUCGACUGUCAAAUGUAUGUAAGUUUAGGAGGUUACUGUUAUUUUAGUGCUGUGUGGUGAUACUGUGGCCGCUUCUUGAGCAGUCAGGUGAUGGCAAAUGAAUUAUAACACCAACAUCCAUAGGUGCUGGACAGUUCAUUUUCAGGUUUUCCCGGUGAUACAAAAAAAGAAAAGGAAAUGACCUUUGACAUGUUGCUGUGCAGCCAAAUUGCUUUUUUUGUUUUUUUUUUUCUUUGAUUUCAAACAAAAGUACUGAAAAUACAUCCUUUUAUGUAUGAUGCCUUUUUUCUGUUUGUAAUAUUUUCAGCUCUGUCAUUGGCUUUGAAAUAGAUGUUCAAAUUUAAAUGUUAAUGCCAUACAUUUAUAUCAUAAUAAAAUGAGUGAGUAAUGCUUUGUGCCAUUUCUGUUAACUUGCAUUUAAAAUAUGGAGAAAGUGAAUAAAAACAAAUAAUGACUUAAUAAGCAGCUUGACAUUCAAGCCUGAUUAUCAAGGAACGUGCUGACGCCUGCUCAUCUUUCAAAUCUCUGAUGAUCAGUUAAGCACCUCAUUUUUAGGAGACUCAUGACCGAUCGUAUAACUGAUUGUAUAUUUAGUACACUAAAGGUAAAGGUCGCCUUUUCUUUUUCAGACUGAUUUCUGGGAAUCACAUAAGAUAACAAUUUACAAAUGAAAGCGGGAAUGGAGAUUUCUGUUUUCUUCACUUAUUUUGAGCACAUCGUGUUCCAUCGUUAUUUGCACAAAAGAUGGAAAAUCAGGUCAUCUUUACUUUCAUAUUAUGAGUAACUUCAAAGUAAGUGACACAAAUGUUUGUUGCUGUUCCGGGUGCAACUAAGUAAAUCAUUUUAAUUACUUUCUUCUUUAUAAAAAGUUUUCAGUUUAGUUCUAAACCUAUUAAUCCUAUUGGCCAUUAUGGGGAUAAAAGAAAAUGCACCAUCUUCCAUGUCUUAAGAUUUUACAUAUUGGGACACAAUAAAAAAAAUCAAUCUAGAACAUCAAUCAAAUUUCAAUGAACUGAAGCAACGCUGUAAGGAAGAUCGGGCCAAAAUUCCUCCACAACAAGGAAAGUUAUACAGUCAUACAGAAAAUGAUUAUCAUUGUUGCUGAAAGUGUUUCUACAAGCUAUUGAAACAUGAACUUACUUUUUCACAUUCUUACGUUUUAUUAAUUGAAUAAAUGACAGUGCAAUGUUGUUUAUCUGAGGUUUUAUUUAAAUCAUUCAUUUGAACCUGGUAAGAAUCACAUUUGUUAAAAAAAUGACAUCCUGAUAAAUAUCGUAAUAUAAGACGUGUGAGUUAACUGUUGCCUCCUACGGGGUUCGACUGCACAAACAUGCAGGGGAGAUUGUGGUUCAUAGUUCAGUUAGGUUCAUUGAUUUUGACACAAGAGUUCCUAAAUAGUGUUAACUCCAUAAAGGCAGCACAGAUUACAAAAAUAAAGUUUUGGAAAAAAAAAAAGUAAUUUGA